AUGGGUUUCUUUGGCAAGAAGGACACGUCAGAUGACGAUAUUCAACAAGCAACAUCUGAUCAAGAUGUCGAAAAGACCAUGUCGGCUCAUCAGGAGAGCCAGGAGACCCAGCCUCCCGCUGCGGUCGCGGUAACUCUUGACCCGGAAUUGGAGCGGCGUGUGCUGAGGAAGCUGGAUUAUCGUGUGCCCACGUUGAUGGCAUUUUUCUACCUUCUUGCUUUUCUCGACCGAAGUAACAUUGGUAAUGCCAAGAUUGCCGGCAUGUCAGAAGACCUCGAGCUGACGGGCAAUCGGUACCCGUGGCUACUCACGAUUUUCUACAUUUCGUAUACGUUGUUUGAGUUCCAGGCGAUGAUGUGGAAGAUUGUCAAGCCACACCAAUGGGCCGCGUUUGUUGUAUUCGCCUGGGGCUUGGUGGCAGCAUGCCAAGCGGCCGCGAAGAACUGGCAGACCAUGAUGGCCCUGCGGUUCCUGAUGGGUGCUUUUGAAGCUGGAUUUGGACCUGGUGUCCCCUAUUUGCUGUCCUUCUUCUACCGCCGCAACGAGCUAGGUCUCCGCUGCGGUCUCUUCCUGUCGGCUGCUCCGCUGGCUAAUACCUUUGCGGGCGCUUUGGCCUUCGGUAUCACCUCCGGCCAUGCAGCAUUGGCAAAUUGGCGACUCCUCUUCCUCGUCGAGGGUGUCCCUGUCUGCGCUUCCGCACUUUUGGCCUGGUUUUUUGUUCCGGACAGACCUUCUACGGCGAGGUUCUUGACCGAGGAAGAGAAGGAAGUUGCCCGAGCGCGGUCUCUACAGCAGGCUGGUGACCCAGAGCGGGAUGGCAAGGUUCAAUGGAAGGAGUUGCUUGAGAUGCUCUUGGACGCAAAGGCUUGGUUCACAGCGUUGAUGUAUUUCAGCUGCAAUGUUAGCUUCUCCUCUCUUCCCGUCUUCUUGCCGACUAUCCUCAAGGAGAUGGGCUUCACAGCUAUCAAUGCGCAAGGCCUCACUGCACCCCCAUUCUUUGCCUCCUUCCUCUGCACUAUUGGGACCACCUGGCUAGCGGAUCGGCUCCAGCAGCGUGGGUUGAUGGUCGCAGUACUAUCGGCGAUUGGCGGUGUGGGUUAUGUUCUGUGUGCCACCUGCACGUCCGUGGGCCCACGAUACUUUGGCGUGUUUCUAGCCGCCUGUGGAGUCUUCCCUUCGAUCGCCAAUAUCCUGCCAUGGGUUCUGAAUAACCAAGGCUCCGAUACCCGCCGUGGUGGAGGCAUCAUCCUGCUAAACUUCAUCGGACAGUGCGGUCCCUUCCUGGGAACCAAUAUUUUUCCCGACAACGAAGCCCCACGAUUUAUCAAGGGUAUGUCAAUCUGUGCGGCAUUUAUGUUUUUCACCACCCUGCUUUCCUUGGCUCUUCGGUACUUGUUGGUCUGGGAAAACCGCCAGCUCGAUAAGAAAUAUGGAGAGCAGAUCGCAGCCGACCCAGGUAAAGGUGACGCGGUUGUGGGAGAGGACAAUUAUGGCGCCAGCUUUAGAUAUGUGCUCUAA